GAACUGCCGUCGCGAUCAAACAAGAAAGCAAGCCUGCCGGGAAUGACAGCUCGAAGCUCGAUGCCGACAAGCCUGUUGUUCUAGUUCGAUGCCGUCCAGCUCAAGAUAGCAGUCGCAACCUCACAGUCGAGAUGGUCGGGAAGCGUUGGUUCACGGACUUCCUUACAACCCACCAGGUCGAAGACCGUGGUCUGAGCGGACUCGACAUCGAGACCAAAAUUGGAGGUCGCUCCGCGCUCAUUUCCAAGCUAGUGGCUUUCAUGAAAGACACUGUAUACAAGACCCGUAUCCCUUCUGUCACGAAACGUCGAACUGGUCUCCAGCAUUUCAUGCGCAUGGGAGUUCAACUUUGGAGUCUCACCAUUGACGAACAGCGCAAGGUGCUCUCCCAGGAGGACGCCACGUGCUACGCCGCCUCGGACAGUGACUAUGAAUGGAAAGACCCUGAGCAGCCAUUCAUUGAAGUUGACGACGACAGUGACGAAGAGGAGGAGCAGGACGAGGACGAGAACGAGACUUAAGCGAGGACGAGGUUGAUCUACGAAAAUACAAGAGAUGGAGCCACUACCACUACAUUGCAUGUUUGUGUUUGUUUAGAGUUUGACAUCGUUGUGCAGCAAAGAGGACUACGGUACAAAAUUUGCUACCCCGUUCGGUUCAAGAGGGAGUGCGAGAGGAGUCAAAACCAGCUGGUGGUUGGCAUUCACGAGGUGAACCUCCGGGGACUCGCUAGAACGAGGUAGACGUAGAAUUCCC